AACUACUGAAGUAUUAUCAGCUGUUUCCUCUUCUAAGAAGACACUGUCGCGAUCGGAGACACUAUUUGAUCAAAAAUUAAAAUUGUAUAAAUUCAACGCUUUCGCUUUAAGUCUGUUCCAAAGGAGAAUCGAGGCAUUGUAAUGUUGUUGCCUCCGGUGAUAUUAAAUAAUACAUGCAGAAACAUCUCAACGUCAGCCGUUGUGAAUCAAAUAAUUAAACUAUCUCGAUUGAGAGUAGUGGAUAAUAGCGAGAUAGGAAAGCAGGCUAUGAUGGAGGGUAGACCACCGCGAUGCAUACAUAUCUACAACAAAAAAGGAGUUGGAUUAAUCGGAGAUAUGAUCUUAGUGGCAAUAAAAGGGGAGAAGAAAAAAGGAAUAUUAGUUGGGUUGAAACAACAUCAACGUUGUAAGGUUCCCAAGUUCGACAGUAACAAUUUGGUUCUCAUAGAUGACAAUGGAACGCCUUUAGGUACAAGGAUACAUGUGCCUAUUCCACACAUACUAAGGACAAAAAUGAAAGAGAAGACGCACAGUAAAGGAGCAGACUACACUAAAUUGAUAGCAAUUGCUUCUAGAUUUGUAUAAUCUGUUACUAUUGUAACAUGAAUGUGUCGUAAAAUAAUAAACUAUUCAUAAAGUAAUUAAGAUCAAAAGAAGUCUA